AUGCAUCCUAUGAAUAAAUUGAUAGCUGUGGCAAUAGACAAGGAUAGAGGAAGCCAAAAUGCUCUGAAAUGGACUGUUGAUAAUCUUCUUGUGAGAGGCCAAACCAUUCUUCUAGUUCAUGUCAAAGCAAAGCUGCAUGGGUCCUCCUUCUCUUCCUCAUCUGUUGCUCUUCCAAGACCAAACCAAGUUACUAAUAGUAGCGAUGAAUAUGGCAUGUAUGGUAGAGAUUAUGAUGUAGAAACAAAAGAUAUUUUUCUUCCUUUUCGUGUUUUCUGUACACGCAAAGAUAUACAUUGUCAAGAUGUCAUAUUAGAAGAUACAGAUGUAGUUAGAGCACUACUCGAAUAUGUAAGCAGAAUAGGGGUGGAUGUUUUAGUACUUGGUGCAGCAGCAAAAGGAUACCUUUUCAGAUUUAAAGCAAGAGAUAUUCCUGCAAGUGUGUUAAAAGGAGUUCCAGAUUUUUGUAGCGUAUAUAUCAUCUCUAAAGGAAAGAUUGUUGCUACUCGAUCUGCUUCUUGUUCUGCUCCGGUCAACCACCCACUUCGCCAGCAAAUGUUGGAUCAAGCAAGUUCUCAACUCUCAAGCACAAGACAAGCAUCAGAACCAUCUUCACGUAAUAUAAAAACUGAUUCUACCACAAUGAAGUCACCCUUCACUCAUAGGAAAGGGCCCAAUGGAAAACCAUAUGAGCUCUCAUCCCCUGACACAGACAUAUCAUUUGUUAGUUCUGGUAGGCCUAGUAUUGAUAAUACAUUUCCAUCAUUCGCUGAUAGCAUUAAUAGUGGUCCAACCCCUCCUCGUAUUUCGGGCUUCUCUGAAAUGGAGAAUCGGAGUUUCGAAUCCUUGCACUUUGGUCGUAGAUCAGUGGAUAUCAUUACUUCACCAGAAUUUUCAUCUGUCUUUGGUGACAAUGACGCAUCUAUGGCACAAGCAACGGAUGAUAUGGAAGUAGAAAUGAGAAGGUUGAAGUUAGAGCUUAAGCAAACCAUGGAAAUGUAUAGUACAGCCUGUAAAGAAGCACUCUCAGCAAAACAGAAGGCAAUGGAGCUUCAUCGUUGGAAAAUGGAAGAACAGCAAAGACUAGAGGAGGCACGACUAGCCGAAGAAACUGCAUUGGCACUUGCAGAAAAGGAAAAAACUAAGUCUGGUGUAGUUGCAGAGCAUGCUGAGGCAGCUCAGAGGAUUGCAGAACUUGAAACUCAAAAGAGAAUCAAUGCAGAAAUGAAAACACUCAAAGAAAUGGAGGAGAACAACAAACUAUUCAAUAGAUUAGUACAAUCAAAUAUUAGGUAUAGAGUAUAUACAAUAGACGAAAUUGAAAUUGCCACACAAUAUUUUGACAAGUCUCUUAAAAUUGGAGAAGGAGGUUAUGGACCAGUUUACAAGUGUUACUUGGACCAUACUCCUGUUGCAGUCAAGGUCCUUCGCCCUGAUGCUGCUCAUGGAAGAUCACAGUUUCAGCAAGAGGUUGAAGUAUUAAGUUGCAUACGACAUCCAAAUAUGGUGCUUCUUUUAGGAGCUUGUCCUGAAUAUGGUUGCUUAGUUUAUGAGUACAUGUCAAAUGGAAGUUUAGAGGACCGAUUGUUUCGAAGAGGGAACACCCCAGCACUUCCCUGGCAACAUAGGUUCAGAAUUGCAGCUGAAAUUACUAUUGGCCUUCUUUUCCUCCACCAGACCAAGCCAGAGCCAUUAGUCCACCGUGAUCUUAAGCCUGCCAAUAUCCUACUUGAUCGCAACUAUGUUAGUAAAAUAAGCGAUGUGGGUUUAGCGAGACUUGUGCCUCCAUCUGUGGCAAAUAGUGUCACUCAAUAUCGAAUGACAUCCACUGCCGGAACUUUCUGUUACAUAGAUCCCGAAUAUCAACAAACAGGCAUGCUUGGUGUAAAAUCUGAUAUAUAUUCCCUAGGGAUCAUAUUUUUACAGAUAUUAACUGGAAAACCACCAAUGGGUUUGACUCACCAAGUUGAGAGGGCGAUUGAAAAGGGCACCUUUACUGAGAUGGUAGAUCCAGCUAUUCCUGAUUGGCCUAUUGAGGAAGCUUUUAACUUGGCUAAGAUAGCACUUAAGUGCUCUGAGUUAAGAAGGAAAGAUAGACCAGAUCUUGGCAAGGUUGUGAUGCCAGAAUUAGAGAGACUAAGAGCAUUUGGUGAAGAAAAAAUGUCCUUUUCACUUACAUAUAGUUCAGGUCAAUCGCCCAUGCAAAGCCAAGUUUCCCUAUCUAAGGAUGAACUGAGUUAUCCACCAACUGAACAAUGUAGCUUUGAAAGCUCUAAAAACCAACCAUUUCAAAGUGCCUAG